AUGACAUAUCGAUUUCGUAUUAUCUCGGCUGCAUCUCAGUUUGCUUAUAGUUUAUCUAUUGAUCAGCAUAAUCUAACUAUAGUAGCGAUGGAUGGGGUCUAUGUGAAUAGCUACACAAUCCAAGAAAUGUACAUCGAUAUUGGUCAACGCUAUGAUGUUCUUGUUCAUAUGAAUCAGCCAAUUGAUCUUUAUUGGAUUCGAAUCAAUGCUACUAAUAACCGAGACGAAAUCGGCUCACAGUUUCAUGCUAUCUUGCAAUAUGAAGGUGCGAGCGAUGCGGAUCCUGUUUCUGUCUACGCAAAUCCUAUGUUUAUUCUUGAUGAUUCUACUCCCCUCAAACCAAAUAACUAUAAUAAUAAUUCUCUUGUUAUACCACUGAAGCCGCCACGUUUCAACAUCAGUAAAGCCGUCAUCUUCAACGUCUCAUGUAAUGAGCCUGUUUUGAGCGAAUGCUAUAUUAAUCAAGUACGAUUCCGUAUGUCAAAGACACCUACACUCUACUCGUUGUACAAGAAUGAGCCAAGCGAAAAUGGAAUAAUUGAAGUUAACCAAUACGAUAAAUUGAUAAUCAUAAUUAAUAAUUUCGCGCCAAUUAGUCAUCCUCUCCAUUUUCAUGGUCAUGAUUUUUACAUUUUAGCCACUGGAAGCGACACUAAUUCACCUCAAAACUUCAAUCUGGAAACAGAUGAAGAGAAAUUGAACUUUGACAAUCCACCAAUUAGAGACACUUUUAAAGUGCCCAAAUUUUCUUGGGUAGUCCUCGGAAUUAUUGCAAACAACCCUGGCAGUUGGCUUUUCCAUUGUCACAUUACUUUUGAUAUGGAAGCCAUACAUUGUUCACUUGACUAUACAAUGUUUAAGUCACUGGUUACAAAUAUUCAAAUAAAUUGAUGUUGGUUAAUUUUUGAAUAGAUUCUGGUAUGGCACGUAUCAUUAAUGUCAAAGGCUACAUUCCUAAGAUUCCUGACGAUUAUCCUAUGACAGCCGACUACAAUCAAUUUGUUUCGUCGCUCUCAUCAACUGAUCGAAUUGAUUUAAAGAUGUGUCUUGUUCUCAUUCUUUUCAGCUUAGUACACGUGCUACCUGUUACAGUGUAUCACUAUAACAUGUAACUCGAUCCUUCUAUUCUUUUCUUUUCUUCGAUAUCUUCUAUGUUAUCGUUUACUUCGAUUACUUCUUUUCUUUCACCUCGAUUAACAUUUGUAUUUCUUUUCUUCUUUGUUGUCACUAUUCAUAUAUAUACCCUUGCUUUUUAAGAAUAAAGUUAGAGAGCGAAGAACACGGUUAGUGUUCGCCCAUAAAAACGAACGCUAACACUACCAAACAUUUUUUUCCAGUUAAUGCUUAAUAUCUGAAUACACUUCUGUUAGCGUCAGUGAAUAUACACUAACGCUAAGCUAGUAUAUGAUUAUGACAUGACGUCAUUUGUUGAGUGACCACUUGUGUGAUCAGCGCGUGAUCGAUGUGUGUACCGUGUACACUAUA